AUGGUUGUGUCUCACUCUUUGGUUCCUUUGUUCUUUUUCACGAUGCUCCUUGUACAAGUAAUAUCUAGAGGCAUUGACUUAACUUGGCAAGAUGCUCGUGCAACCUUCUAUGGUGAUGCAUCUGGUGCUGACACAAUGCAGGGGGCUUGUGGCUAUGGUGAUCUCUUCAAACAAGGAUAUGGUCUUGCAACUACAGCACUAAGCACUGCUCUAUUCAAUGAAGGAUUAACUUGCGGUGCAUGUUUUCAAAUAAUGUGUGUUAAUGACCCUCAAUGGUGCAUAAAGGGUGCAAAACCAAUCAUAGUGACAGCAACAAAUUUGUGUCCUCCAAAUUAUACCAAAACUGUUGAUAUUUGGUGCAACCCUCCACAACAACACUUUGAUUUAAGUUAUAAAAUGUUCACAUCUAUUGCCUAUUAUAAAGCUGGUGUUAUUUCGGUUAAAUAUCGACGUGUUCCAUGCGUCAAAACAGGAGGUGUUAGGUUUGAACUAAAAGGAAACCCUUAUUUUUUGAUGGUUUUGGUUUACAAUGUUGCUAAUGCUGGUGAUGUUACUAAUGUGAGUAUUCAAGGAUCUAAGACUGGUUGGAUUACCAUGUCACACAACUGGGGACAAAACUGGGAUGUCAAUAUGAAUUUGGUAGGGCAAAGCUUGUCAUUUCUUGUCACUACAAGCAGUGGGAAAAUUUUAGGCUUUCGACAUGUCGCUCCUUCAAAUUGGCAAUUUGGACAAACUUACGAGGGCAAGCAAAAUUUUUAA